AGCCCCAUCCGAAACCUUUCAGAUGGGCAGAAGUGCCGAGUGUGCCUGGCUUGGCUGGCUUGGCAGAACCCUCACAUGCUCUUCCUGGAUGAACCUACCAACCACUUGGACAUCGAGACAAUAGAUGCUUUAGCCGAUGCCAUCAACGAAUUUGAGGGUGGCAUGAUGCUAGUUAGUCACGACUUCCGGCUCAUCCAACAGGUGGCCCAGGAGAUCUGGGUCUGUGAGAAGCAGACAAUCACCAAGUGGUCUGGUGACAUCCUAGCCUACAAGGAGCACCUGAAGUCUAAGCUGGUGGAUGAGGAGCCCCAGCUCACCAAGAGGACCCACAAUGUGUGAGCUAGCCACCACAGGUUUGGGUCAGGACCUCGGUCUGGGGACUCGACCAGCCGCCCAGGACUGGACCCCGGGCCAUGCUCUUGCAUCACGGCAAUACUCCUCACCCCUUGCCAUCUUCCUUCCCCUCCUCCCUUUCACUCCCUGUUCCUGCCUUAGUAGCACUCUGACCUCUGCAGACAUCACCUGUCUGUUUCCUACCCUCCCUCUGCUUACCUUUAUCCAUGUCUGGACCACAGUUGGCUGCCCUCUCCACCCCCACAUUGUUUACCUUCUGCACACCUGGAUGUUGAUGCAAUCAGGGCCACCUGGGGGCAGCUCUGGGGCCCAGGCCUUAGAGUUGGGCCCCAGUGAAGGGAGCCUGGGUUUGAGGUGGUGUGAGGAAGGUUCCAACCCCUCCUCCCCUUCUCUUCUCUUCUCCCCUUCUGCUUCUGAUUCAGAGCUAGGGGCUGGGGCCCUGGUCCUGGUCCUGGUUGGUUUUUAAAGAAUUAUUUAACAGUGUAACUACCAGAUCUGCCUGACACCCCUACAAAGUGUCCAAUAAAGAAAAAGGAAAAAAAAAAA